CGAGCGAGCCAGAAGAAAUAUAGGGUUUCUUCCCUUCUUUCGUGCGGCCGACACUCGGGAGAGAGAGCGCGAUGGCGCAGUCGCUGGAGCUGCUGCUGAUCCAAUUCUUGAUGCCGGACAACGACGCCCGGCGGCAGGCGGAGGACCAGAUAAAGCGGCUGGCGAAGGACCCGCAGGUGGUGCCGGCGCUCGUCCACCACCUCCGCACCGCCAAGACACCCAAUGUCCGCCAGCUCUCUGCCGUCCUCCUCCGCAAGAAGAUCACCGGCCACUGGGCCAAGCUCCCCCCCCACGUCAAGCACUCCGUCAAGUCCGCCCUCAUCGAGAGCAUCACCCUCGAUCCCAGUCCCCCAGUGAGGCGAGCAAGUGCCAAUGUUGUGAGUGUCAUUGCUAAGUAUGCUGUCCCAGCUGGAGAGUGGCCUGAUUUAUUACCUUUUCUUUUCCAAUGCAGCCAAAGUGCACAAGAAGACCAUAGAGAAGUAUAUUGUCUUGGUACUGGGCUCCGUACUGGUGCGACCCUGUCGCUAUAUUGGUGCAUUCGGUACGGAGGCCGGUUCGAUGUACCGAGUAUUGGUAUGCUCUCCGUACCGUAUAGCGGUACUAAACCGAUACAGUACAAUAUGUUUCGUAUCGCCCAGUUUAGUACGGUGGCUUUGAUCCUUUUCAGCUCUCUAACUGAAACAAUCGGCCCUACAUUUCAAUCCCAUUUUGCAGAUUUACAACCUAUUCUGCUUAAAUGCUUACAAGAUGAGACUAGCACUCGUGUCAGAGUUGCUGCUCUAAAGGCAGUUGGGUCUUUGAUAGAGUUUAUCAAUGAUGGAGCCAAUGUAGUAAAGCUGUUUCGAGAAUUUAUUCCUAGUAUUUUAAAUGUAUCACGGCAAUGCCUUGCUAAUGGCGAGGAAGAUAUCGCUUCUAUUGCUUUUGAAAUCUUUGAUGAGCUCAUUGAAUCUCCUGCUCCACUUUUGGGGGACUCUGUAAGAUCUAUUGCACAAUUUUCGCUUGAAGUUUGUUCAAGUCAGAGUUUGGAAUUAAACAUACGGCACCAGGCAAUUCAGAUAAUAUCAUGGCUUGCAAAGUACAAAGCCUCCUUUCUGAGAAAGCACAAACUGGUCAUACCUAUUCUGCAAGUUAUGUGCCCUUUACUUACAGAAACAUCUGCUGGAGAAGAAGAUUCUGAUCUUGCAGCUGAUAGAGCUGCUGCAGAAGUUAUUGAUACAAUGGCUAUAAACAUACCAAAACAUGUGUUUCCACCAGUUCUUGAAUUUGCUUCUAUGAACUUUUGUCAUAUUAAUCCCAAGUACAGAGAGGCUUCUGUUACAGCGUUGGGUGUUGUUUCUGAAGGUUGUUUUGAGUUGUUAAAAGAUAAGUUGGAAUAUGUUCUAAAUAUUGUAUUGGGAGCUUUGAAGGACCAAGAGCAAAUGGUAAGAGGAGCAGCAUCAUUUGCACUGGGCCAAUUUGCAGAACAUUUGCAGCCGGAGAUUUUGUCUCACUAUGGAAGUGUACUUCCCUGCAUUCUAAAUGCUCUAGAGGAUCCAUCUGAUGAAGUAAAGGAAAAGUCAUAUUAUGCUCUAGCAGCAUUUUGUGAGGACAUGGGUGAGGAAAUUCUUCCUUACCUGGAUCCUCUAAUGGGAAGAUUAAUCACAACUCUCCAAAGCAGUCCACGCAAUCUGCAAGAAACAUGCAUGUCUGCAAUAGGCUCGGUAGCAUCUGCAGCUGAGCAGGCUUUUAUUCCAUAUACAGAGAAGGUUCUUGAAUUAAUGAAAACCUUUAUGGUUCUCACAAAUGAUGAGGAUUUGCGCUCACGAGCUAGGGCAACCGAGUUAGUUGGAAUGAUUGCAAUGGCAGCUGGACGAACAAGAAUGGAACCAAUUUUACCUCCUUUCAUUGAAGCUGCACUUUCUGGUUUUGCACUGGACUUUAGUGAGCUUCGGGAAUACACUCAUGGAUUCUUCAGCAAUAUUGCUGAAAUAUUAGAUGAUGGUUUUACACAGUACCUACCACACGUUGUUCCUCUAGCAUUUUCUUCAUGCAAUCUGGACGAUGGGUCUGCUGUGGACAUUGAUGAUGCUGACAGUAUUGAUAAUGGCUCUGGGGCCGUGUCUUCAGAUGAUGAUACAAAUGAUGAGCCAAGAGUUCGUAAUAUCAGUAUAAGGACAGGGAUCUUGGAUGAAAAGGCAGCAGCAACCCAGGCUAUUGGCUUGUUUGCACUUCAUACCAAGCAUUACUAUGCACCCUAUUUGGAGGAGUCAAUGAGGAUAUUAAUUAGACACUCUGGCUAUUUCCAUGAAGAUGUGAGGCUUCAGGCUGUGAUAGCUUUAAAACAUGUUUUGACAGCUGCACAGGCAAUUCCUUCAGGACACAGUGAUGUUUCAGAAAAACAAAAGGAAAUUCUUGAUACCACAAUGAAUAUCUGUAUCAAGACCAUGACAGAGGAUGAUGAUAAGGAAGUUGUUGCUCAAGCAUGCAUGAGUGCAGCAGACAUCAUGAAGGACUGUGGUUAUGCUGCAUUAGAGUCCUAUAUACCUAGGCUUGCUGAGGCAACCCUGAUGCUUCUACGCGGGGAAUCAUCUUGUCAACAAGUGGAGUCUGACACUGAUACUGAAGGUGAUAUUGAUCAUGAUGAAGUGCUCAUGGAUGCAGUAUCAGACCUCCUUCCUGCUUUUGCAAAGGCUAUGGGAUCCCAUUUUGAACCUAUUUUUGCCAAGUUAUUUGAUCCUCUAAUGAAAUUUGCUAAAGGUCCACACCCACCCCAAGAUCGAACAAUGGUUGUUGCUUGUCUGGCCGAGGUUGCUCAGGAAAUGGGUGCUCCAAUUUCUUCUUAUGUUGAUGUAGGAAGCUUACUUCGCUAUUCAUUCAUUAGAUGUUUAGCCAUUUUUUCCAUUUAUCUGCGCGAAUUGUUUACAGUUACUUUUAUUGUAAUAAAUUAUUAUCAGAGAAUAAUGUCUUUAGUACUGAAAGAACUAGCAUCAUCUGAGGCAACUAAUCGGAGGAAUGCUGCUUUCUGUGUUGGUGAGAUCUGUAAAAAUGGCGGUGCUCCAACACUAAAAUAUUAUGGAGAUAUACUUCGUAGUCUUUGGCCAUUAUUUGGCGAGUCAGAGCCCGAUGAUGCUGUAAGAGAUAAUGCUGCUGGAGCAGUUGCAAGGAUGAUAAUGGUGCAACCUCAAUCUAUUCCUCUCAACCAGGUGUUACCAGUAUUUUUGAAAGCUUUGCCACUAAAAGAAGAUCGCGAGGAGUCAUUAACUGUCUAUAGUUGCAUUUGCAACCUACUUUUAUCUUCAAAUCCCCAGAUUCUUCCGCUAGUGCCGGAUGUGGUCCAAAUUUUUGCUCAAGUUGUAGUAUCUCCUGCUGAGAAUGAUGAAGUUAAAGCACAGAUUGGCAUGGCUAUUUCACACCUGAUAUCAGUCUAUGGUCCCCAAAUGCAACCUAUCCUGAGUUCUCUUUCACCUGUACAUGCUAAUGCAUUAGCAGGUUAUGCGAGUAAAAGGUGAUAAUUACAUGGACGGCCAAACCCUUUGUCCUUAUGUAUGAAGUUCUGCUACCAAGCGGGCGUUGAGCUAGGCUGGAAGGAGGCACAUCUGCUCUUCAACAUGGUGGUUGUAUUUUUGGGUCCCUGUCCGGCUUAAGCUAGAGUUAUAUCUUACUUUUUAUUUUCGGGUGAACUUUUCAGGAGUUCCAGCUUGUGGUCAUUAUUUUAUCUUAAUCUGGGUGAUGUGCUGAACAUUCAAUCUUUGCCCUUAUUCUUUUAGCUUUUUGAGAUUUUUCCAGCGGUGAUUUUUUUUUUUUUUCCGGCGGUGAUUUUUUUUUCCGGUGGCGAUUUUUUUAUCGGCCUAUAACAUCAAAAGACCAGAAAUCGUUGUGAUAGGUAUUGAGUUUUGUGAUCAGCCUGUGUUUUUGCCUCUAUUUGAGAGUUCUCUAUUCAAUUUUUGUUGUAUAUACUUUUGUAAUUGAAUAUUAAUAAACUAUAUUUUUGUAUGAAAA